CCUCAAAUCCUUCCUCAUUUGAUGUUCUAGAACUUCAUAUAUAUUAUGGAGUGAGAUUUUGAGAAUCCUGUGAUAUUUAAUUGCCCAGAUAUUAUUGAAUUGAUACAUAUUCAGAUUCACAAAAGUUAUCAUCAUCAUGAUUACCAGAUCUUAUUAAUUUGGUGGUAUUUGGGUAACACAUGCCCUUAUAUAUGUAAGGGUAGUAUAAGUUUCUAUGAUAUCUCGCCGUGGUUUUGGUCAGUUUAUUAGAUUCUCUCUGAUACAUAUUUCAGCCACGUUGAGAGCUUAUAGAUUACCCUUUCAAAUCUGAAACGCUCAGAUCAUCACACUUCUCUUAACACCUUGCAUGUUCAUAUCACACCGACCUUGCAGUUUCUGUGUAUAAAUAUACAAACUCAAACCCACAAGAAGAAUCAUCUUAUUUCACAGUUCUCAAUACCCUUAAGAGACUUUUAGAGAGACAGAGGGAUGAUGAAUAUUCCAGAACGUGGCGGUGGUGGUGGUGACGGUGGAGGUGGAGGAGGAGGAGAGGUGAAUAACCAACCUCAGCUUCAACCGCCGCCUCAGCCUCCGCCACAGCAGAGAUGUCCCCGCUGUGAUUCUGUGAACACCAAGUUCUGCUAUUACAACAACUACAGCCUGUCGCAGCCAAGGUACUUCUGCAAAACUUGUAAAAGGUACUGGACCCAUGGAGGAUCCUUGCGAAACAUACCCAUCGGUGGUGGUUGCCGGAAGGGAAAACGGACCAAAUCGUCGUCGGCCUCUUCGUCAUCAUCCGCUGCCGCCCUUCAAUUGAUGAGCCGGCAACAACCGCUGCAACCUCGGCUGCAAGAGGUGAUCCCUACGCAACCGAACCCGAUGACGUUACCUUCACGCGUUAAUCUGGUCGGUCGUUCUUCUGCGAUGGCGGCACAGGCACCGGCACCGGCGGUUCCUUCGAUCAGUUCCUACUAUCAAGGUGGCGGGCAUCUAUCAUCUCUGGCGGCGAUUCACUCCCAAAACCCAUCACAACCAUUAUUCAACCUUUCGUCUCUGAAUCUUGUUCCUGCCAAUCUGGGUCUUCAUCCUUGGUUCAACGCUCCGUCGACUCAAGCCUCAAAGCACCAAGUUCCUCCGUCGUCACCGGUGUUCCAAUCGGAAAAAAGAAGCAGGGAGGUGGAAUCUCUGUACUUAUCUGAUCAUCGAGGUCUGGUUCAUCAAACGAGCAUGAUGAAUAUGGGUAAUAAUAGCAGUUACGCUUCACUCCAUGAUUGGUCUCAAAACUCUAUGUGGAGUACUGUGAGCACAACUUCGAUUGCAGACAAUUCUGGGAGUACUGGUAAUAAUGGUCAUAGUAAUGAGCAUGAUGCUAAUAAAGCUGGAUCAUCUUCUCUGAGUGGAAAUCAAUGGCCUGACCUACCAGGAUAUGGCCCUCCUCAAUGAUCAUCAUCUUCAUCUUUUUCAGACGUUACACCCUCGCGAGUUGCAAAAUUCCAGAGAUUGAAGGCAUGAAUCUUCGGAGCAGUUAAGUCACCCUCAUCUAUAUAUUUCUGUUUAGUUUCAUUUUCCAUUUUAGCAAAAUAGAUUAUAGAGGAUCAUAAGAGAGGGGGGAAAAAAACAAAUAUAG